CUUCUAAAGAUUCCCAUUUCCCAUGAUUUUAACCACAUAGUUGAACCUUAAGAAACAAUGUGCGAACCAGGUAUCAUAAAAAAACUUAGUGAGGAUGUAGUGAACCGAAUAGCAGCCGGAGAGAUCGUUCAAAGGCCGGCAAACGCGUUGAAGGAACUUAUUGAAAAUAGUUUGGAUGCCAAAUCAACCAAUAUAAUUAUUACUGUAAAAGCUGGUGGCUUAAAAUACUUGCAGAUUCAAGACAAUGGCACUGGUAUCCGGAGUGACAACUUAGACAUUGUCUGUGAGCGCUUCACCACCUCAAAGCUGAGCCAGUAUGAGGAUCUGCAGGCGAUCAACACUUAUGGCUUCCGGGGAGAGGCUCUGGCGAGCAUCAGCCAUAUUGCCCAUCUGACUAUACUUACCAAGACUGCCGCUUCUAAAUGUGCAUACAAGGCAUCAUAUGAAGACGGCAAGCUAAAAGGCCAGAUAAAAGCCUGUGCUGGCAACAAUGGCACCCAAAUCACCGUAGAAGACCUAUUCUACAACGUCAUAGCCCGCAAGAGAGCUCUACGGAGCCCUACCGAAGAAUACACACACAUAAUGGAUGUGGUUGGUGGUUAUGCGGUGCAUAAUAGCCAUGUUGGGUUUACGCUAAAGAAGUUUGGAGAGAAAACUGAUUUGAAGACGCCUGUCAAUUCUUCUGUUAUAGAAAAUGUUAGGAUUAUUCAUGGUAACUCGAUAGCCAGAGAGCUAAUGGAGGUGGUAAUCAAAGACGAAACGCUAAAGCUGUCUGUACACGGGUACAUUACGAACGUCAACUACUCUCAUAAGAAGGGGGUCAUGUUGCUGUUUAUCAAUCAUCGAUUAGUUGACUCGCAAUCUAUUCGUAAAGCGGUCGACUCUGUGUACUCAACGUAUUUGCCAAAGAACUCUCAUGCUUUCGUCUACCUCAGUAUAGAAUUAGAUCCCAAAAACGUGGACGUAAAUGUUCACCCUACGAAGCAUGAAGUACAGUUCCUCUACGAAGAGCAAAUCAUUGAGAAGCUGAAGGCGUGUGUUGAAAGCAAACUACUCAGUUGUAACUCUACGCGGGUCUUAUAUACGCAGGCACGCCUACCUGGAGCUACGAUGGUCGAAGAAAUGGUCAAGAAAACAACGGAUGCCGCCAAAGUUAACCCCAACAACAUGGUCCGAGUGACCUCCGAUGUUCAGAAGAUAGACAAGUUCUUCAGAACCAAACCUGUAGAAACAGACGACACAAGUAAUCUUGAAAAUACUGAAAAAACGAGGGAAACGCCCGCCAAAGAAACUGAAAAAACAACAGAGAAUAAUGACAAAAUGGUAGUCGACGAAGUUCUAGAAAAUUCACUUAUAGAAGAACCAGUGGUAAUUAAUAAAAUGCCAGAAAAAUGGAAAAAUCAUUCAGCUUUAGACCAAGGCAAUGUCAGCUACAUAGACCCGAAAGAAUCUUUCAAAACUAGAACGUUUAAGUACGAACGGACUGAAACUAAGUUGACAAGUGUGAAACAGCUAAGGAUGGAUGUGGAAAAACAGUGCAAUUCUAACCUGAGGGAGAUCUUGGCCAAUUUGAUAUUUAUUGGUUGUAUAGAUUUGCAUAAGUCGCUUAUACAGCAUUCGACGAAGCUGUAUUUGUGUGAUACGACUCGGUUAACUGAAGAAUUAUUCUACGAAACGAUCCUAUACGACUUCCAGAACUUCGGUCUGAUAAAGCUAUCGAAUCCAUUGCCUUUGGAAGAGUUGUUCGUCCUCGGUCUGUCGUCGCAAGAGACAGAAUGGAACCCUGAACUAGGCGAUAUGAGAGAGAUGGCGCAACAAAUGUGCCAGCUUUUUACGAGCAAGCGGACCAUGCUUCUAGAAUACUUCUCGCUGGAGCUGAGCAGCGAUGGGCAACUGUUGGCGCUGCCGCUGUUGUUGGACAACCACACCCCAUUCAUGGGCGCAUUACCUACCUACCUCGUCCGCCUCGUCACCGAAGUCAACUGGGACUCCGAGAAGGAAUGUUUCGACACGUUCAGCCGACAAACCGCCAUUUUCUACUCCCAGCCCAACCCAGAUACCACCACAGAGUCGGUCAAGUCAGAGCAAUGGAAGCAAGAACAUGUGGUAUUCCCAGCUAUAAGGAGGAACUUUUUACCACCUACUAGUUUUGUGAGCAAUGGGGCGAUGUUACAGAUAGCGAAUUUGCCGGAUUUGUAUAAGGUGUUUGAGAGAUGUUGAUG